CAAUCAGUCACACAGUCAUCACAUAAUUGAACAGAGAAAGGGAGAGAGAGAGCAAUGGCGGCUCAGGCUGAGACCAUUGAGGUUCCCUCGGACGCUGAGCUGCUGCAGGCACAGGCUGACCUGUGGCGCCACAGCCUCUAUUACCUCACCUCAAUGGCGCUCCGAUGCGCCGUCGAGCUUGAGAUCCCGACGGCCAUCCACCGCCUCGGCGGGGUCGCAUCGCUGCCCGACCUGAUGGCCGCGCUGUCCCUUCCCUCGGUUAAGAUGCCGUUCCUUGGCCGGGUCAUGCGUGUGCUCAUCAACUCGGGCGUCUUCGCCGCCGACAACGACUGCGAGUCCGGCGUGGAGCUCUACCGCCUCACCCCGCUGUCCCGCGUUCUGGUGCAUGGCGUCGUGGCGGACGAGCACCAUAGCCAAAAGUAUUUCGUGCUUGGUGUCACCUCGCCGCACUACACGGAGGUGGCGCUGGGGCUGGCCAACUGGUUCAAGAAAGACAUCGAGCCACCGGUGCCGUCACCUUUCGAGGAGAAGUUCGGUGUGCCACUCUUUGAUGAGAAAACUGCCCUCCUCGACGAAGAGCUUGACUCGGUUUCCAACCAAGGUUUGGCUGCCCACGACAACCUUGGGAUCGCCACCAUACUACGUGAGUGCGGUGACAUCUUCAAGGGGCUCGAGUCCCUGACUGACUGCUGUGGUGGUGAUGGUACGACGGCGAGGGCCCUCGUCAAGGCUUACCCUCACAUUAAGUGCACUGUUUUAGACCUUCCGAAGGUGAUCGACAAAGCCCCAACUGAUGGUGUCAUUAACUAUAUUGUGGGUGACCUGUUCCACACUGUGCCACCAUCUCAAGCCGUGAUGCUCAAGCUUGUGCUACACUUUUGGAGCGACGAGGACUGUGUGAAAAUCCUGGCCCAGUGCAGAAAGGCCAUUCCUCCACGUGAGGAGGGAGGAAAGGUGAUAAUCAUAGAGAUUGUGGUUGGACCUUCCUUAGGGCCAGUAAUGUUUGAAGCCCAACUCCUGAUGGAUAUGCUCAUGAUGGUAAACACGAGGGGUGGCCAACGUGAUGAAAACCACUGGUCCGAGCUAUUCAAGAAAGCCGGAUUCACGGACUACAAAAUUGUGAAGAAAUUGGGAGCUCGAUCCGUCAUCGAGGUCUACCCGUAAGAUAUUGUGCUUUAAAGGUGGAAAUAAAGGAGGUGCUUAUUUUUCUAAGGGAAAGUUCCACGGGUCUUGAAGUAGCUGAAGUAUAAACAUUAGUUGCUUUACGGUCCAUGUGACGUUCGAUUAGAAAAGUAUUAAAGCACUUGGUAUUUUCAUAUGCAUGUGUUUGCCAUGCUGGUGUGCUCCAACAACAUCUGCUUGUAGUUUGUUGUCAUGCCUAUCAUGUAUUAUUGUCGUAUUCUAUUACUAUCCGUAUCAAUAAUAUCAUUGGUUAUUUCGUGCUAA